CCGUAGCGAGCGCACGGAAGAAGUUCAAACCAUAUCGCUACUGAAUUUGUGAUGAAACGAAGCCAUCCCGACGACGACGUCGGAGCACUGCCUAUAGCGAAGCCGUCAUCUGAUGUUUUUCAGCUGCAGUGUGAAGAUGCAGAGCGUGACCGGCAUGCGGCACCGGAGGUGGUAGUGAAAUGGGAGGAAGUUGCAAAAAAUGCGGCCAAUACUUUGAGAACAGCGAAUUCAAAGCAUUCUUGUCAGUAUAAAGAUCUUGACUCAUGGAAGAAAUUCGGAAUAACGCAUCCACUUGCCAAUCUUGCUGAUGCUGUAGCUAAAACUACGUCCAGCGUUGCGGAUUAUAAGUGGGCUGUGCCGGAAGAGGUAGCAGUACUUUCUAACUCGGCUAUAGAUUUGCUCAGUUCGUCAUAUUUUACUGUGCAUGUGUUUGUUACUUUACCCAAUAGUUUAUUCGGAAAGAGAGAUUACAUCAACUUAACCUAUCCGGCAAAACGAGCACAUUAUAUGUGCGGAGCCUUGCAUCUUCUUCGGAAAACUUUCAAAGAUUACGAAAUUCGUUUUGAGCCGGGAGUAGGCAACGACGCUGUUUUUCCAAACUUGCACAUAACUGAUAAAACAUCGUCAGGAGGCGUAUCGAUCCACUUUGGAGCUUCUGAGUCUGUGCUAGCUAAACCAUCGCGUUUUGCAUCAAACAUCUCAAACCUUCGAGCAUCCACUAUCUAUUCGGAGGUCACUGAUAAGGAUGAAGUGCCUACACCACAUUUCAAUCAACGCAUUCUUCGAACCAUUCUUGAGCCGGCCAUGAUCCGACGAGUUUCUGCUGAACUGCGUCAUAAAGAGCAUAUAAUAUCAGCAUUAGCAUUGACUUGUCGAUGGUUCAAGUGUCGAUCUCUGGUUGAGUUCGAUGGCCUGUUUCUGGCAAGCUUUGUUGUUCGCUUACUGGAAAAUAAUGUUAUCGCAAAGCAACAAGAUCUUCUCACCGUGCUAAGGAAUGUUUUCUCAGCCAUUGUAAAUUGGGAUUCAUCGACGGCUAUAGGAUUCCAUCCGGACGAUAUGGAUGAAGAUGUUUUGACAGCUCAUAUGGCAGCUUUUGAUGUUGUGUUUUUGGAUAGCACAGGUUAUUGGAAUAUUGCUAGCGGUAUAUCGAAGGAUUCCUUGUUGCUGGCGAAAGCGGACUUGAGCCGUUCUAUUGCAUCUCUUGGUGACUGUCUUGCAUUCGACACAUUGUUUUUAGAACAACACGAUCUCUUUUCCUCAUUUGAUCACUAUUUCAAACUGGAUCUGUCUUUAGAAUGCAAAGAAAUUUUGCUCAAACUCCUAGAGUGUGCCAUCGACACUGUGGACGAGAAUGAUCGCUUGCUUAGAUUUGUCAAGAAACUUAGCCAAAUAAUAAAUAACUGCAUGGAUGAGCGAUUUGACAACUUAUACAUACAACGGCUGUCGGAUGCUAAGGAGCAGAAAACCUCAUUGUUGCUAGGUUUUCGCAUCAAGAGAGGCUGGACAAAUCCUUUGACUAUGGGUCCCGUUGCAACUGACCCGGCGGCCAAAGCGUUUCGCACUCUUUGGAAGCAAAAAACUCAACUGAGAAAAUUUGCUGACACUCGAAUCUGUGAAUGUAUGGUGUGGGCAGAUGAAGCAUCUCCGAUCGUACCGUUAUCUAUAUUACAAUUCGUACUGGUUAAUCACUUUGGUCUACCAGCUGGAUGCAUCUCUUGGCGAAGCACAUUUCCGACAGAUUUCGUGUCUCCGAAAGAAGUGAAUGCGAAGAUAACGACGGCAUUCGCAAGUCUCAGCGGUAUACUGCGUUCGGCAAAAGGACUUCCGCUCAUGAUUACUAACAUUCAUGGAAUUAGCCCAUAUUUGAGAGAUACGGAACCUUGUGCUGCAGAAGUGCUUUGCACUGCAGAUCAGGGACAUAUCGAAGAUGGGCAUCGAAUGCCCGCACAGCGAGCCGUUCCACCGUAUACGGGUGCUGUAACAGUGCACUUGAAACUGGAAUACUCUGGAAAAUGGGGUGACACUAUUGAGGGAAUACGACAACUAUCCGCUGCAUUCUACAUUGAGAUAGGAAAAUAUCUCAAAGAAAAACAUGGACUGAUUGCUGUACCAACUGUCGAUCAGUUGUUUGUUGUAAAGGACGGCGUUGUUUUCAAAUUAGUGCUAGUCUUGGAUAAAAUUCUGAAGCUCUUGGAGGAACGGGUGGAGAAGGUCAGGGCCAGUGGCGCUACAAGGAUCCGAACGAGCGCUGAAGGACAAAGAUUAGAAGCUUGGAAGAAACAAUAUGUUCACGAAUCGCUAUUACAAGCAUCGCUACAGUCGUUUGCCACGAAACAUGCUGCGUUUGGUAAAGCUGUGCAGAUCGUUAAGAAGUGGUUGGCUGUUCAUCUGAUGACAAAUGCAAUACCAGAUCUUGCCUUGGAGAUGAUUGUAGCAGCAGCCUUUGAACAUCCAGUACUUCCUUCACCACAGACUCCUUUCGCUGCUUUUCGGCAAGUUUUACAUCUCAUUAUCGGCCAUAAUUGGACUGCUCGACCACUUUUCGUUGAUUUCGAUAGUGCUUGGAACGAGGAAGAAGUUGCAAAAUUGGAAGCGAAUUUCGUAAAAAUGCGACCUAUUCUCCCCCCAAUGGUGAUAAUCACCAAUGAAGAUCCUGCUGGGUCUAGGUGGACUCGGGAUGGCCCAACCCCAUUGAUGCUGAAGCGGAUCAUUGGGCUUGCUAAAACUUUACUGAAUGUGCUCGAUCUCAACUACAAAAAUGAAAAGCCAGUGAAUCUCAGGUCUGCGUUGUUGUCCGUGGACAUGUCAAUCUAUGACGCAGUUAUUGAAUUAUUUCCAAAAAUGGUUGUCAGGAGCGGCAGUAGCGAAAAAACGCCCGCGAUCAAAGAACCAGAGGCUUUGCCCGUUGUUAGUUUCGACCCUGUCGAUGAGCUUGUUUUUGCGCUAAACGCUCAUUUUCAACACGUAGCGUUGUUUUUCUGGAAUAAAUAUGGAGGAGAUCGUAUCGGAUUGUUAUGGAAGCCUUAUGAGGCAGAAGUACCAGCAAAGAUCUCGAGAUGUAACACACACUUCAUUGAAAAAGCAGGAGCAUCUAUGCGACUGAAUAAAGAUGAAGUUCUCGAAGGCAUACGCAUUCUAGGGCGAGGAAUAGUUAAAGAUAUACAUUGUAAGGCCAAGUAGGUCGACGCUGAGUUGUCUUUGCAUUUACUUUUGUAUCUAUCUAUAUGUUGUAAAUAAUGCUUGGACCCGCUUAACAUUUUUGGAAUUUUCCAGAAUCAUUGUUUAUCUGUUGAAUUUUUCAGAUGUUAUUGUUGUUGUUGAUGAUCAUUGUUUUUGUUUUGUUAUCCGUUAUAAAUUGCUCAGAAUUA